CUGCGACGCCGGCAAGAAAGAAGGACGACGAAACGAGGAGCAGCAUACCAGGACUAUGCAAAGUAAUCGUGCCUCCGGCUCCGAAGAAGCCGCCAACCAUCCCCUUAAGGACCUCACGCAGCCGAGUCUCAAUGAGCCGCUGAAGCAGCAUAAUGGCGUCGCGCUCAAGCUCGUCCAGACGGUCUCCGAGUUCGCUCAGGAGUUGGGCGCUGCGAUGGAGAGCCACUCGGCAAACGUGCGACGUCUGGUUGACGAAUUUCGCGGUCGAUCGGGCGACUCAAGAAUUGAUGUCGGUGGUAUGCGACGAGUUUGGGAAAGUUUGCUGCGGCAGGUUGAGGCGGAUGCAGCUUCCCAUCUCGAUUUAGCCGCGGUGCUGCAGCAGCAAUGGUCGAGGCCCACUUUAGAGGCGAGCUUCCACCGAAAGCUGCAAUCUAGAAAGGUAUUCGCCCAUCGUGACGCUUAUGAGCAGGUAGUUAGCAAGACGGAGGAGAAGUUGCAGCGUGCCAGAUUAGAUUACAAGCGCGCCUACGCCGCGUUGCUAACCAACGAGGCCGGCGGCGCCGAACAGGAACUGAAGCGCGCUUACUUAGAGUCGCACAACGCCUACAUCCUCCAGCUACGCGCUACGAACGCUAUUACUGAGCGCUAUCAGUUCCAUUGUUUGCCAGGGCUGCUGGGCGAGAUUGCAGAGGUCUACGAGGAACUUUGUGGAUUGGCCUGCAAAUGCGUUGCCGGGAUCUCGGACGCUGCCGGAGAGCGAUCCGGCGAACAGGCUAAACGUUACCAGAUUGUAGCCAAAGAGGCACAGGCGAUUAUACCGUCCAACGAUUUACAGACCUUGGCGCGAAAUUUAUCCGCGAACGCGACGCCGCGGAAGCCGCCGCGACGCCUGUACGUCGCGCCAGCACCACCCGAGCAGAUACCGAUGGAGAGAAUCAGUCAAAUACCCACACUCAGGGACGAACUGGUACCAACGGGCACCAGUACGCUCCCGCUCAUGGAGGAUCUUAAACAUGAGUACGAUAGCCUCAAUCAGGAAAUAAGUCGUCUGCAAGACGCUUUGGAUGCUCUCGUGCGGAUGCAGCGCAAGAGUGCAGAGAGUAAUCUUUACACGAAAGUAGCUGAGCUACAAGAAGAUAUUUCUCUGAAGCGUCUCGACCUUGGCGUUGCGCAACUGCGUCUAGCCGCGGUGCAAGCACAGAAGGAACUUUUUGGAGGAGGCGAAGCUGGUCAACCGGAUGGAAUGACCAGUCGGAAGAUGUCAAACGGUUCGACCGGAAGUCCCAAGCUGAAAUGGCUGAAAGCAUUCAAGAGCCUAAAGACUAGUUCGCCCACGACACCACCGUUAUCCGACAAAGGAAAGCAGGCAACCAUGUACCACGCAGUUUCCACCGUCGUCGCCAUGUCCAGGAAGAGCCUUGAGUCCGAGGGUGGGCAUACUUGGCGCGAGUACACGUACCGUAAGAUUACACCGUGCGACGCGUGCGGCCAGGUACUGCGCGGCCACAGCCGCCAGGGUGUCCGGUGUCGCGGUUGCAAGGCAAACGCGCAUACGGACUGCAUCAACAUGGUGCAACCAGCGUUGUGCCCGAGCCUGGCGCCGAAGAAGGGCGGCGGUAUACCACUUCUGCGGCGACAAAAGACUCAAGUAACCACCGACGAGGUGCCAGCAUCAUCUGAGCACAACGUGGACGCCAUAUACCAGGUGCUGAAGCAGGCAGGCGAGAUUCGUGGAAACUCGACAAACUCACCGCCUACGCCUCCCACAGCAGAACACCCCCCUUCCGGUGCAGCACCUUCGUCAGCGAGGGCUUCCUCCCAUCCCUGUUCCUCGUCCACCUCUGCACCGCAUAGUCCACAACGUAGACGCGAGAGGCUGAAUCUGCGGAUGAAGAGCCUCAGUCUGGAUUCUCCGGAAGGCAGUGCGCACGUGCGUCGGCCGCGGGAUUAUUAUGCCGCGGGUGCAAGAGAAACCACACCACCCCGACAUUCUGACAGCGGUAGUAUCAAUAGGCUGUCGCCCUGCAGCCCGGGUCAGAGUCAUGGAAUGCACAAACAUGUGCGAAACGCCAUUCGGAUGUCCAGUAUGGAGCUACCGGACGAUAAUGAGAAGUCAUACUCGUCGGCGAGCACGUCGCCGUGUCCGUCGCCACACACAAAUAAUCAGAACCACUUGAAUCCACCCGGCAAGCGUGUUCUGCCACCGAAUAAUCUCUACGUCGUUCUGUACAACUUCGAGGCACGACAUCCAGAUGAGCUGGAUCUUAAGGCCGGUUACAAAAUCACGGUGAUCGACAAAUCUGAGAAAGACUGGUGGAAAGGCAAAUGUCUUGGUGGCCGCAUUGGUUAUUUUCCAAGUGCGUACGUUAUGCGGGUGGAAUCUGGUCAAAGGACUCUUCAGGUCACACGCAACUUGCAGCUGGCUGAUCAAACUUUGCUACGAGAUCAGAUCGUGAUCCAAGUGGGCGAAGAGAUGGACGGGGUGGCGAUGGUAAGAUGCGCAGCGGACGUGCGUUCCGCCGAUCAUACGGGCAAGGAGGGCGACGUUCUCUACAAGGAAAUUCUCUGCCCUCUCAAGUACCUGCAGGAGGUGUGACGACAGCCUUAU